AUGUUGCAGCAACAAAACAGCACUUCUUCCGCACAUGUUGAACAAUUUCGAUUGGAAGUCUCUACAGACUUCCACAAGGAAAGACUCGAUGUGUUCCUGUUCAGUAAAUUCUUCAAAGAAAGACAAGUAUCCAAGAAUGCUGUUUCCAAGCUCAUUCAGCAUUCUUUAAAUCCAACUGGCUCUGACAGCACAAGAUAUCAAUUUCUCUACAAUGACGAAGUGGUAAACAAGCCAGCAUUCAAACUCCGAAAUGGUGAUUGUGUGGUGGUAAUGGUUGAAAAACAUUGUGAAUUAAUUUCGGAUGAGUCAUCCAAUAAUUCAAUUCCUCAUGAACGAAAUUUGAACAAUAAUACAUCGAACGAUGUAGAAAAUACCUCUUCCAUUCAACCCGAAAAUAUACCUCUCAACAUUCUUUAUGAAGAUGAUUAUUUAAUUGUAUUGGACAAACCUAAAUUUAUGACUGUGCAUCCUUCGUUAAAACCAAAACCAAGAAAUACGACAGGAACACUGGUCAAUGCUUUAUUAUUUCAUUGUCAAGGAAAACUUUCAACGUGUGGCUCUUGUGAUGAACAUUACAGACCUGGCAUUGUUCAUAGACUAGACAGGGAUACAAGUGGAAUAAUGGUCAUUGCAAAAGAUAAUGACACACAUUUGGCUCUUAAAAAAUUGUUUGAAAAUAAGAAUAGUCCUUUAGAAGUGAACGGGAAUGACUCUAAUAUUACAAGGUAUUAUCAAGCUCUUGUAGAAAAUGAGCUAAAACCAGUUGAAGGAAAAAUUGAGGUUUAUAUUAAGCGUCAUCAUUCGAUACCUUCCAAGAGAGAAAUUACGAAAAAUCCUUUGGACACUGGAGCAAAAUUGGCAAUUACUGAGUACAAAGAGCUUGAAACAAUUGCUGUUAAAAAUUUAAGUGGAUGUCAUACUUUGAGUCUUGUUCAAUGUAAACUUUUGACUGGAAGAACUCAUCAAAUUCGAGUAUCAUUUGCUCAUUUGAAUAGACCUCUUGUGGGGGACGUGCUCUAUAAUCCUCGUUUUAAAUCUGGCAACAAAUCCAAGAAGAAAAAACAAUCCAAGUACGAAGAAGAGUUUGAAAAAUUCGCUCUAGAAAAAGGUCAAUUCCUCCACGCUUCGUAUUUGAAAUUUGUUCAUCCUCGUACUGGAAAAACGUUCGAGUUCCAUUCUGAAACACCAUCCUAUUUUAGAGAGGCAAUCAAACUGUUGAACCAUUCAACGGAGUAA